GGGUUUUCUAUGCAGUCGUCUCCAAAUAUACCCAAUUUCUACGCGAUCAGAAAUCCAGCCAAAAUCGAGCCAGAUUCAAUUGACAUAGUCUUCCGUUGUUCACAAACAGCACAUCUAAGGAUGCCUUUCUAGAGUGACUGUGUACCUGUUGAUGAUUUACUGGAAGUGGUUUUCAAUCUUGCUGGAACAGCCAUAUCAGACAAUGGAUUUCUAGUGUUGCUCUUUCACUGCUGAUGGAACACAAUUUGACGAUAAAGACAUACAUGGCCAUCAUGGCCGAGAGGGAUGCUGCUAUUCGAGAAAAGCACAUGGCGCUAGAUGAGAGGAGAAGAGCCUUUGCCGAGCGAGACAUGGCAAUGCUGCAGAGAGACGCGGCAGUAGCCGAACGAAACAGUGCCAUAGAGGAAAGAGACAAGGCCCUUGCUGCCCUUCAAUUCCAAGAGACUUCCAUGAACGAAAAUGACAUAUCCCCUGAUUCGCCUGGCAAUGGACUAAUGCAUGGGUCCAAGCAUCACCUUUACCACCACCAGCAAAUGCAUCCCAUACCUCAUAUGGUUGAAACUGAAUAUAAUAAUCAGAGGGAAAUCCCACCAAACAAUCCCUACCAUAGUACAGGUGUUUCUAGUGAGACCACAAAGCCUAGGAAGGUGAAGCAAUCAAAGGAGACCACCACCAAAGGAACUUCAACGAAGACUCCCUCCAAGUCUCAAAGAAAAGGUAAAAGACAGGUUGAAGAUUCAAGCCCAGAAGUAAACUGUUGGAAACUUGAGCCAGAUUUUGCUAGUGAGGAUGAUGGUGGUGAGGAACUAGAUGACGAGCUUGAGGCGUGGAAAGAGAGUUUGGGGUUGAACCAGAUCAACUUUGAUGAGAACACAAUGCCUGCGCCAGUUUGCUCGUGCACUGGGUUACCCCAGCCUUGCUACAAGUGGGGGAAUGGCGGGUGGCAGUCGGCUUGCUGCACGACCACCAUGUCGGUGUAUCCUUUGCCUCAGAUUUCAAACAAACGCCAUGCAAGAGUUGGGGGAAGAAAGAUGAGUGGGAGUGUUUUUACCAAACUGCUUAAUCGACUUGCAGCUGAGGGUCAAGAUCUGUCCAUUCCGCUUGAUCUCAAGGAUCACUGGUCAAAGCAUGGAUCUAAUCGGUAUAGUGCCCUAAAAUAGCUUUGCCGGCCGGUAGGAUGGAUGCCGUGAAAAGUGGGACUGAGUUUCGCUGGGAGAAGAGGUAUCUGAAUUCUCUGGGUACAAUUAUGAAUGACCAGCAGGAAAACAUUACAGGCUUAUAUAGCUUUACACUGAUUUAUAAGCCAUGCAUUGUGCUUUUGUUAAAUUUUUUUCCUUUAAUAGUCAUUCCCGUUUAAGACUUUGUUGCAAA